CUUUUCAAUUGGACGCUUGCCAUAUAAUUGUCGUAGGGUUUAUAUGUUAGAUUUUGGUCUUGCACGGCAGUAUACCACAGGAACAGGUGAGGUACGUUGCCCCCGUGCCGCAGCUGGAUUCCGAGGUACUGUUCGAUACGCAUCGAUAAACGCUCAUCGCAAUCGUGAAAUGGGCCGCCAUGAUGACUUGUGGUCUCUAUUUUAUAUGUUGGUCGAAUUCGUGAAUGGUCAGUUGCCGUGGCGCAAAAUUAAAGAUAAAGAGCAAGUAGGAUUAACAAAAGAAAAAUACGAUCACAGAAUUUUACUCAAGCACCUGCCAUCUGAUUUAAAGCAAUUUUUGGAACAUAUACAAUCGCUUACUUAUGCCGAUCGGCCAGACUAUGCUAUGUUGAUCGGAUUAUUUGAGCGCUGUAUGAAACGGCGAGGUGUCAAGGAGUCUGAUCCAUAUGAUUGGGAAAAAAUCGAUGCAGUUAAUGCAACUACGAGUCAAAAUACCAAUACUGUGCAAAUGCAGGUUAAAAACGAGUUCAUACACGGGAAUAUCACACAGAUGACAAUUGCUGCAUCCAACGCUAGUGGGACUGAAUAUAUACGGCGCCGUAACGACAUUGAUACAGCACUAAUGGUCUCAACAGAACCGGUAAAUAUUAAGGAAAAGGUCGAUAAAAACUGCAACGCAACUCCUCCUCAUGUAGAUGGUCUUUUGCACAAUAUGAGCUCAUGCAAUCAAAACAGCGCUCAUAAGGCAAACCCUGUAAACCCAACAGCAAUUACAGCUUCCGGUAAUGCUCGCGCUGUCAAAAUAAUCGAACAGCCGCCAGAUCUGAAAAACCAAACAAAGUUGCCGUCUCAGCACCUAGUUAUUUCCCAAUCACCUUCAAUCCCCUCGACUGCACAAAGUGUUGCUUUUGCCACAGGUGCAAUGAAAACAUCAUCAGCCGUAACACCCUCUAAUCGCGGCGAUGUCUCGGUAGUGAGCUCUACACCACAGAUGCAGACACUUAAACAGCAUCAACACCAAAAGCAGUACAAUCAGCAUAUUCAAGGCAAUUUGCACGCUCAACAUGUACCUAAAGCUUCAUUCACAUCAGCGGAAAAUCAAAAUUAUUCUUCGCCUAUUCACGCUGAAAUUGUUGGUUGUGAAGAAGAGGUUGGAGCGAAUUCAACGUCGUUAAAAGCGUGUUUGUACAAAGAUGAUGUACAUCUGGUUCUUUCUACAACUGUAGCAGAUGAGCAGCAUAAUUAUCAGAUGACUACUGACAUUGAAGCCGGUUUAAAAUGUGGUGUUAAAGAUUCAUCAAGAGGAUGUAGCUCACCAAAAAAACUUCAAACUGCGUCAAGUCUAGAAGGGGCCAAAAGCGAAGAAAUAUCUAACUUAAAUAAGAAUAUGAAUGCAACUGAACCACUCAUCAAAGUACCCCCUAUAGCAACAGCAAGUGUGUACGAUCUUGUCAUUGGUAGCGGAGGUCUUAUAUUAACAGAAAUGGGUUCUCCACAGGACCAUGAUGCAACACCUUUUUCUUUCCACGCAACUACAGGUGCGUCCAAAGGCGGUGUCGCGGACAUGCAACAGCAUAUUCUUGGCAGUCCGCGUAUGCUUCAUUUGGGAUCAACUGGCGCAUUACCACAACAGCAAACUAUAAGUGUCCCACCUUCAAAUCGGCGAUCAGUAACCUCAACGAAUUUGCGACCUUCUUUUGGCUCAGGUGGAUCAACUCAUCGAUUCAGUAGUGGUGGAACGACACGAGGUAAUAAUGGAUUUGGCGACCAUUCUAUGACUCAAUUCGCAUUGAUAGACGACGAGAAUGUCUCGGCGUUGCAACAAGUUACUAAAGGCGGAGGAGCACUCACAUUGGCAUCUCAGUGGAAAAGUCAGUUUGAUGAUUCCGAGGAAACCACAGAUAAUGAAUGGAAACAAGAACCACAGGAAAGAAACGCGAAAUGAUAAAAAAAAUUCUUGGAAAAUUUAAAAUGAAUGGUG